GAUGCCGUUUACAGGCAUUGUUUAAGACAUACCCAUGGGGCCUGAAGGGGCUUUUUACGGCUACCGGAGCAGUUGAGAGUUCAACGGCAAGUUUCGAAGAUGCCGCCCAAAGGAAAAGGUGGAAAAGCGGGGAAAGGGGGAGCAGCCUCUGGGAGUGACAAUGCUGACAAGAAGGCUCAGGGACCCAAAGGUGGUGGCAAUGCAGUAAAGGUUAGACACAUUCUAUGUGAAAAACACAGCAAAAUCAUGGAAGCCAUGGAAAAGUUAAAGUCUGGAAUGAGAUUCAAUGAAGUAGCCACACAAUAUAGUGAAGAUAAAGCCAGGCAAGGGGGUGACUUGGGCUGGAUGACAAGAGGGUCAAUGGUUGGACCAUUUCAAGAAGCAGCAUUUGCCUUGCCUGUAAGUGGGAUGGAUAAACCUGUGUUUACAGACCCACCAGUUAAGACAAAAUUUGGAUAUCAUAUUAUUAUGGUUGAAGGGAGAAAAUAAAAUCAUAUGAAAAACAGAGUAAGU